CUGGGCGUUCUAGGCCUGGUCUCCCCGCAGCUUUGUGCGAACGCACGAAGCCAAGGGCUGCUUCGCUGAGUGCUAUAGCGGGUUGCGAGUGGAGUUCCGCAGCGGUUCCGAGGCCGCGGCGGAGCCUGGUGGAGUCCGGGGUUCGCAGGAGUAUCCGAGGGAGCAGGGAAUGAAUCAAGUAACUGCAUCCAGGGUAUGGGGAAAAUGAAGAAGCCAUGGAGGAUUUCCCCGCGAAGAGAGGCAAGCGUUACCCAGGACCUGGGGUGGGGUCCGGUUUGUGCCGUGUGGAUCGGAGAGGAGGAAACGCUACAGUGUGAGGGACUGGGCAGCUGAGAAAAGACCCAAAGUCCCCGUUCUUCCAUAGCACAGCCCGGUUCCUAAUCUGGAUUCUUCGAUGCAGACCUGGGCUUUCAGGGCCUCUGUCCUCCGCCAGUGUUGUCAUUUUGCAUUCUGCCUUUCCCUGUGAGGAGGAAGAUCAACCAAGUCUCAGGGCCUGGCCCAGUCCAGAGCUGUGCCAUGGCAGAGACUGGGGAAGAGGAGACGGUGUCUGCAGAGGCCUCAGGAUUCUCAGACAUGAGUGACUCGGAGUUUCUGGAUCUGGAAGACAGCCAAGAGUUGAGUGCUUCCCUUAGCAAGCCUAGCCCUGCUUCUGAACUGCCUGGGAAGGAUGGCAAGCUCAUAAGCUUACCAAAGUGGGAGAGAGGAUUGGAUGUCUCAUCACCCAUGGAGCGAUUCCAUCUUAAAUAUUUGUGCGUGACUGACUUGUCUACUCAGAACUGGUGUGAACAGCAAAUGGUAUAUGGGAAGGAGCUUCCUGGCUCCGUGGCACCUGAGAAGGCAGCUGUUCUGGACACUGGUGCCAGCAUCCAUCUAGCUAGAGAACUGGAAGUUCAUGAUCUUGUGACUAUCCCCAUCACCAGUAAAGAAGACACUUGGGCAGUUAAGUUUCUGAAUAUGUUAUCAAUGAUUCCUACCCUGCAGUCAGGAGGGCACAUCAGAGAGUUUCCAGUGUUUGGAGAAGUGGAGGGUGUGCUUCUCGUUGGAGUGAUUGAUGAGCUGCACUAUACAGCCAAGGGGGAACUAGAACUGGUUGAACUCAAGACACGCCGAGGCCCUGUGCUCCCCCUGGAAGCUCAGAAAAAAAAAGACCGUUUUCAAGUCAGCCUAUACAAAUAUAUCUUUGAUGCCAUGGUGCAGGGGAAAGUGACUGCUGCUAGCCUACUUCACCACACAAAACUGCAUCCAGAAAAGCCACUGGGACCCUCAGUGCUGAAGCAUGCCCAGCAGGGAGGCUUCUCUGUGACGUCCUUGGGUGACCUCAUGGAUCUGGUCUUCUUGUCUCUAACACUGUCUGACCUUCCAGUCAUUGACAUUCUGAAGAUUGAGUAUAUCCAUCAAGAGACUGCUGCUUUGCUGGGUUCAGAGAUCGUGUCCUUUGAAGAGAGGGAGCUGAGAAAUAAAGUGCAGCACUAUAUGGGCUACUGGGUGGGCCGCAGAGAGCCGCAGGGGGUUGAUGUGGAGGAGGCUUGGAAAUGCAGAACGUGCAGCUACGCAGAUAUCUGUGAGUGGAGGAAGGGUGGUGGCAUGCGCAGCUCCGUGCCAGUGCCCCAGACCAAACGAGCCACGUGAGCGGAAGGUGUACCUUAAAAAACUUGGGUCCUUCCUGCUCCUGAUGUGCUCAACAGAGUAAAAGAGGACCAGUCUCUGAUCUUAGCUUUCAUGCAGUGUGUUCUUAUUUUGGUUCUUUUCAUAUUUUCUCAACCUCUAACCACUCAGAUCUAGGUCCAAGGCUCAGGUGAGUGGGAGAGAUCUGGGCUUAUACUGUACCUGGAGCCUCAGCAUAGAUUGACAAGAAGACAGAUGCUCAUCAUGGCUGGAGCAAAGCAAUCAUUGCUUUCCUAAGAAGAUACCUUAGUUUCUGUUAAGUCCCUUCCCUAUUUUUUCUCAAUCAAGGCUUUCUACAUUUUAUAUAAUAAAAUGAAACAUGGUCCA